AUGGAGAUCCCUAUCGAUCCCGGUCGUCCCAUCAAACAUGUCGGCCGUAAAGAGCUGUAUACCAGUCUCGAGGCGCGCGUUCGAUAUCUCCGGGAGAUGGUCGAUUUCAAUUCUGCCGACGUCGAGGCCCUCACCACUGGCUCCAAGUACAUCAAAGCCCUGAUCCCCGCCGUCGUCAACAUCGUCUACAAGAAACUCCUCGAGAAUGAUAUCACCGCCCGCGCCUUCCACACCCGCGACACCGCGGACGAAACCCCCAUCGAGGAGUUCUUCACCGAGGGGAGUCCCCAGAUCCAGCGCCGCAAGGUGUUUCUGCGCUGGUAUCUCGUCCGGAUCUGUUCCGACCCUACCCAGAUGGAUUUCUGGCGCUAUCUGAAUAAGGUUGGACAAAUGCAUUCCGGCCAGGCUCGUAUGCACCCCCUCAACAUCGAAUACAUCCACAUCGGCGCCCUCCUCGGCUUCAUCACCGAUAUCUUCAUCGAGGCCAUCAUGUCCCACCCGCAGCUGUCGCUGCCGCGCAAGGUCGCCCUCGUCCGCGCCUUCAACAAGGUCAUCUGGAUCCAGAACGACCUCUUCGCCAAGUGGCGUGUCCGCGACGGCGAGGAGUACGCCGACGAGAUGUCCGAGAUCAUCACCGACGACAAGGAAGGCUACAUCGGCGAGAAGAAGGUCCUCGGCGAUAGCUCCUCCUCCUCCGCUAGCUCCACCGACGGCGACAACUGCAGUAUCGCUAGCAGCACCGCCCCCUCUGCCCACUCUACCGCGGCGUCUGCCAAAUCCGCCUGUCCCUUUUCGGAGAUGAACAAGUCCAUGUCUGAGACGAAGAUCUGGGCUGGCAAAACACGGUGA